AUGAAGGAACCUCCGCGACAGGCGGAGCCAUCACUUCGUCAAAUCGAGCACGAUCCUAGUGAUAUGUUUGCCGAGCGGCACUCCCAUAUCUCAUCAAAUACAGACAACGAUCGAAGCUACUUCGAGGACAGUCCCAGAAACCUGGAAUCCUCGCAUGGCUACCGUGAGUCUUGCGGCCAGCAUUACGGGACUGCAAACGACCUUAGCCAAUCUCACACGCCGAACAUCGGAUUCGGUGGGGAAGAUUUCACCUCGUAUGAUCGAUGUGCUUCGAUGCAGACACCGGGCGACAUUUACAGCGAUAAUAAGCUCCAGCUUCAACGUGGCGUCGAGAACUAUGUUGAAAUGACGAGCCCAAACUAUCGAAAAGGCCAAGUCAGAACAAAAAAUUCCCCCUCUGCAUAUACAAUGCACCACCGGUCUAAUUCCGCAGAAGUUCCCUCGCUUGCACCUAUGCCAUUGUCCAGGAACAGCAGCGCGCCACCGCAGGCGGCAGGUCAGCAUUAUGGGCCAUUCCGUGGUUAUUUCCAAAAUUCCGAGGAAGCGAAGGAAUACCGUCGUAAGAAAAUGCGGUUCAACCGUGAACCGUGGAGAGAACCUGCUAACGAUCCAACUAUCGAGCAUGUUGAGCGCAAUCGUAACAUCAACGUUGAGCGCAUCUACAACGCCAUGAUCUGCGGAGAUUACGCCAGAGAUAAUGCUGGAUCCACCGCACUCAAGAGAUGGGUUGAAGAACCACACUACCAGUCGGACUUAGUAGAAGCUUACGCCCACAAGGUGUUCGAUUGUUUAAUCGAGCAGGUGAAGAUGGGCUUCCGCGGGUGGCAGCAGAAUGACUACGUUAACGACGAACGCAAGGGUGAGGACGAAGACAAGGACACCAACUGCGCCGGCCGUUUGGAUAAUAUCGUCGAAGCUCUCCGGCUAGAGAAGACGAUUUGCGAGAACGUCAUGUGCUCAGCUUGGCAAAUCCGCAUGUUUGUCAACGCGCCCAAGGCAUACUCUAAGCGCAAGGACCAGAACCGGGUGGGCAACAGCAAGAGACCGAACGCCAAGGGUAGCUGUGUAGUGGGAGAUAACCUCCGAGCAUCGAAGAGGUCCCGGACCGUCGCUGCUUCACGGAGAAGACAUACGCGAAAUCACUCGUCAGCAGCCUCUGAGACGCCAUUGUCUCGUGAUACCACGCCACAACAGGCUUUCGAAUCAUCAGGACUUCCGUACUUGACCCCGCAGACGAUGCAGCGCGUUGCAUUGAGCCCCCCACCUACUUUUCUGGCACCUCAGGCACCGUCGAUGCAUCCCUCACCUCGAUCCCUCCAUGUUCACAACACAUCUGCGGCAUUGCCGUCCAGACCACCACUACGGGCGCAGCCAUAUAACUAUCACUCCCAGCACAUCUCGCGAAGACUUUCUGUCUCGCCAGGCCAGCAAUCGCCCUUCGUGCCCCCAUCGCAGCCACUGAAUGGCUCCAUAGUGUCGGUCACCCCUGACGAUACGAAGCCAACAAACAUGAACAUGACCUCAUGCCUCCGUCCUUGGAAUCAUGGUAUAUCCUCAGAUCUAGCUCCGCCCAGCAAUUUUGCAUACACCGACCAAACUGGUAUUUCGGAUUUUCCGGGGAUCGAGCACUGGCAGCAUAAUGUGCAACCGUUUUCCACAGAAGACACAAUCAGCAAUGCAAAUCCUUUCGCACAACAUUCUGAGAUGGGCGUAUGUCUCGCCGACAUGGAACUUUCACCGACAUACGCUGUGGGCGAUGCUGUGGGGGAGGACGUCUUUAGUUUCUGGCAGCACCAAGACGAUGUGCAAAAAAUGACAAAUGCUCCAAGCUACCACCAGAAUCAGUGUUAA